AUAAUUCAUAUUUGUUUAAUUUUUUCUGGAUUGUUUUUGUUUUGAAGAACAGUUUUUUUUCUUUUUAGUAUUUAUUUUAUUGUUGAGGGGUUAACUUGGUUUUUGGAAUUUAAUUUGUUAAUAAUUAAUUCUAGAAGAAUUGUGAUGACUUUAUUGUUUGAUUGAAUAACAUUUCUUUUUAUGAGAUUUGUAUUAUUUAUUUCUAGUAUAGUAAUUUUUUAUAGACGUGAAUAUAUGGCUAGAGAUAUUUUUAUUAAUCGAUUUAUUAUGUUAGUGGUUAUGUUUGUGUUUUCUAUAAUAUUUUUAAUUGUCAGUCCUAAUUUAAUUAGAAUUUUAUUAGGGUGGGAUGGGCUAGGUUUAGUUUCUUAUUGUUUGGUAAUUUAUUAUCAGAAUGUUAAGUCUUUUAAUGCAGGUAUACUUACUGCUCUAAGAAAUCGGAUUGGGGAUGUUGCUUUGUUGAUAGCUAUUGCAUGGAUAGUAAAUUAUGGAAGUUGAAAUUACGUUUUUUAUCUUUUUCAAUUGAAAGGUGAUUCUUAUAUAAAUGUAAUUUCUUAUUUGGUGGUAUUGGCUGCUUUAACAAAAAGAGCUCAAAUUCCGUUUUCUUCUUGAUUACCUGCGGCAAUGGCUGCCCCUACUCCAGUUUCUUCUUUGGUUCAUUCUUCUACUUUAGUAACGGCAGGGGUAUAUUUAUUAAUUCGUUUUAAUUUUUGCUUUAAUGAGUGGUUAAUAUAUUUUUUAUUAUUUAUUUCUAGAAUGACAAUGUUUAUGUCCGGGUUAGGGGCGAGAUUUGAAUUUGAUUUGAAGAAAAUUAUUGCUUUGUCGACUUUAAGACAGCUUGGUUUAAUAAUAAUGAUUUUGUCUUUAGGAAGAUAUGAACUAGCCUUCUUCCAUUUAUUGACUCAUGCUUUAUUCAAGGCUUUGUUGUUUAUAUGUGCUGGGAAUAUUAUUCAUAGAGUUGGUGAUUUUCAGGAUAUUCGGUAUAUAGGGGGCUUAGUUAAGUUUUUACCUUUAACUUGUGUUAAUUUUAAUAUUAGAAAUUUAUCUUUGUGCGGAUUACCAUUUUUAAGAGGAUUUUAUUCAAAGGAUUUGGUUGCCGAAAUUAUAAGAAUAGGUUACUUAAGAUUUUAUAUUUAUUUAAUUUUUUAUGUUUCUAUUGGAUUAACUGUCUGUUACAGAUUUCGUUUAGUUUAUUAUUCAUUUGUAGGAAGGUUCAAUUUUUUGUCUUUAAAUAGUGUGUAUGAGGGGAGAGUUAUGAUGAUUAAGGGAAUAGGAGGAUUGAUUUUUCUGGUUAUUUUCAUAGGAAGGUCAUUAAGAUGAAUUAUUUUCCCUUAUCCUUAUGUAAUUAUUCUUCCUUUAUUUAUAAAGAUUCUUACUUUAUUAAUGGUGAUUUUAGGAGCUUGAAUUGGUUAUGAGUUAUCAAAAUUUUUUAUUAGAUAUGAUAGGUUGUCGCUUAAGAAUUAUGGAUUAUCGUGAUUUUUGUCUAAUAUAUGAAAUAUGCCUGUAAUUUCUACUUUGGGUAUUAAUUAUUAUCCUAUUAUUGGGGGUUCAUUUUUGUAUAAGUCUUUAGAUCAAGGUUGAUCUGAGGUUCUGGGUAGUCAAGGUAUUUAUAGUGUGAUUGUUAGAGGUUCUAAGAUUUCUCAAAUUUUUAUGAAUAAUAGUAUUAAGAUUUUUUUUGUUUUAAUGAUUGUGUGAUUAAUAAUUAUUUUUAUAAUUU